AUGUCGCAGACCCUUCACGCCAACGCACCCUCCUGGGAUGUUUUCAAUGUCACUGGUCUCGUUGCUGUGAUCACCGGUGGUGGGUCUGGUUUGGGUCUUAUGUUUGCCAAAGCUCUUGAAGCAAACGGGGCCGCCAAGGUGUACAUAAUUGGUCGCAAUUGGCAGAAGCUGGAGGCAGCAUCGAAACAAGCAAAAUAUGGGAACAUCAUUCCGUUGCCCGGUGAUGUCACCUCGAAGGAGUCUCUCAAGGAAUCUGUUGACUACAUCACUGCGAGAGAAGGGUACAUCAAUCUGCUUGUUCUCUGUGCGGGUCGCUCUGGCCCUGGCAUGGGCGAUGAUAAAUCAGGUUUGACGACUUUGGAAGAUAACCAAAGAUACCUCUUGUCCCUAGACAUGGACGACUGGACAAAUACGUACCACGUCAAUGUGACUGCGUCCUUUUACACGGCUAUCUCAUUUUUGCUCUUGCUCGACGCGGGGAACAAACAACGCAAUUUCCCUGUUCAAAGCCAAGUCAUCAGCAUGUCUAGCGUUGGAGGCUACUGCAGAGGCCUGUUUGGAUCAUUCGCUUAUGCCAUCUCCAAAACUGGCGUCCGACAAAUCACGCAGAGCUUGGCUACUCAUUUUGCACCCUGGCAGAUUAGGUUCAACGCCCUGGCACUCGGUGGUUUCCGUUCCGAGCUAACGGAGCAAAUGGCAUUGUUCAAGUUGACGGAUCCAAAGGCGGAGGAUGAUGGCUCGGUUCCAGCGUCUCGCGCGACAGUACUCCGGGCUGGCCGUGAGGUGGAAGCAGCUGGCGCAAUGCUCUACCUAGCCUCACUGGCUGGUGGGUACACUAACGGAACGGUAAUUUUGGCUGAUGGUGGCAGCGCCUCCGUGGUUCCCAGCACAUAUGGUUGA